AUGCUGGGCGGCCAUGUUGGUCCUGUGCGUUCUCGUCAUUCAGCAUUUCACAGCUUGACGGGAAGGGCUACGUUUCACACACGCUACCUCUGCUUGUAUACGCUUUGUUUUUCAUUUAAAAAUACUGGUCCAGGGAUUUUAACAUACGAACAUGGGUGCUUGUCUGGCAUUGUGCUCCCUGGCCAGCUGCGCAUCCUGUCUGUGUGGCUCCGCCCCCUGCUUGCUGUGUGGCUGUUGCCCCUCCAAUAACUCCACAGUGACGCGGCUGGUCUUCUCCUUCUUCCUGCUCCUGGGAACGCUGGUCUCCGUCAUCAUGAUUCUGCCUGGGAUGGAGACGCAGCUCAAAAAGAUCCCAGGGUUCUGCCAGGGCGGAAGCUCGAUCCCGGGCGUGGAGAACCAUGUGGACUGUGAUGUCAUCGUGGGCUACAAGUCGGUGUACCGCAUGUGCUUCGCCAUGGCCUGCUUCUUCUUCUUCUUCUCCGUCCUUAUGAUCCGCGUGCGAUCCAGCAAGGACCCGCGCGCGGCCGUGCAGAACGGGUUCUGGUUCUUUAAGUUCCUGGUGCUGGUCGGUAUCACCGUGGGAGCCUUCUUCAUCCCAGACGGGACCUUCCACACGGUGUGGUUCUACUUCGGUGUGGUGGGGUCCUUCAUCUUCAUCGUGAUCCAGCUCAUCCUCCUCAUCGACUUCGCCCACUCCUGGAACCAGGCCUGGGUGGAGAACGCCGAGGAGGGAAACAGCAAGUGCUGGUUCGCAGGUCUUCUCACCUUCACCAUCCUGCACUACGUCCUGGCUUUUGCUGCGGUGGUGCUCUUCUACCUGUACUACACCCAACCUGACGACUGCGCAGAGCACAAGGCCUUCAUCAGCCUCAACCUCAUCUUCAGCGUCAUCAUCUCCAUCGUCUCCAUCCUCCCCAAAGUGCAGGAGGUCCAGCCGCAGUCAGGUCUGCUGCAGUCCUCCCUCAUCACUCUGUACACCAUGUACAUCACCUGGUCUGCCAUGACCAACAACCCUAACCGAAAGUGCAAUCCCAGCCUGCUGAGCCUGGUGAGCAACACCAGCUCCAGCGCCCUCUCCCCUACCCCCACCCCCGCUCCAGGACAGGUCCAGUGGUGGGACGCGCAGGGCAUUGUGGGAUUGGUCAUCUUCCUCUUCUGCACCCUCUACGCCAGCAUCCGCUCGUCCAAUAACACGCAGGUGAAUAAGCUGAUGCAGACGGAGGAGGGGAGUGGGGGAGUGAGCGGAGGAGAGGUGGGGGAGGAUGGGAUACGCCGGGCGGUGGAUAAUGAGGAGGACGGAGUCACAUACAGCUACAGCUUCUUCCACUUCUGCCUGUUCCUGGCGUCCCUCUACAUCAUGAUGACCCUCACCAACUGGUACCAGCCUGAUACCUCUACUCAGGCCAUGCUGACUCGGAUGCCUGCAGUCUGGGUGAAGAUCAGCUCCAGCUGGCUGGGUUUGGCCCUGUACCUCUGGACCCUGGUGGCCCCCCUAAUCCUGACCAACCGGGACUUCAGCUGAGCCUCCCAAUACCCCAGCGCCCCUCCCCCCCCCGCCCUAAUGCCCCUGGAACAGGGUACUGACUGUGUGUGAGUGUUAGCAUGUGUGUGUGUGUGUGAGAGUGUGUACGUGUGUGUGCGUGUGUUUGUGUAUGUGUGUGAGUGUGUAUGGGAGUGCGCACGUGUGUGUGUGUGUGUGUGUAAGUGUUUGUGUGUACGUGUGUGUGUGUGUGUAAGUGUUUGUGAGUGUCUGUGUGUGUGUAUGUGUGUGUGUGUGUGUGUGUGUGUGUGUGUGUGUGUGUGUAUGUGUGUAUGUGUGUAUGUGUGUAUGUGUGUGUGUGUGUGUGUGUGUGUGUGUGUGUGAGUGUGUGUGUGUGUGUCUAUGCUAGGAGUGCGCACGUGUGUGUGUGUGUGUUCCAGAUGGAUGCUGUCCUAUUUUACUUUGGCCAAAUGCCUCUUAUUUUGGUGUUUAUUUUUUUGUAUUUGUAUUUUUCUCUGUGUUCCUGCAGCUUGUGUGAGUCUCUCGGCUCGUCUCUGUGUUCCUGGGUCUGUUGACACAGGAUGGUGCAGGUUUCACACUCAGUUAGGGAAACGUAAUCAUUGUAUAUAUUGCAUAUCAUACACACAGGAAUCAAGAGCUGCCAAAAAUCCUUAUGCACUGGAAACGGUCUUUAAUUCCAACGUGAACUGAUCCACUCUGAUCCGUAUGCAAAAACCAGGCUGUUCACCUGACUGUUGGGGCAGUACCAGGCUGUUCACCUGACUGUUGGGGCAGUACCAGGCUGUUCAGCUGACUGUUGGGGCAGUACCAGGCUGUUCACCUGACUGUUGGGGCAGUACCAGGCUGUUCACCUGACUGUUGGGGCAGUACCAGGCUGUUCACCUGACUGUUGGGGCGGUACCAGGCUGUUCAGCUGACUGUUGGGGCGGUACCAGGCUGUUCACCUGACUGUUGGGGCAGUACCAGGCUGUUCACCUGACUGUUGGCGCGGUACCAGGCUGUUCAGCUGACUGUUGGGGCGGUACCAGGCUGUUCAGCUGACUGUUGGGGCAGUACCAGGAGCAUGGCUGCCUGGGUAAUUGGGUUUUGGGCUGAGGUCAGACGUCUGACAGGGGGCCUGGUCAAUGGGCUCUUUUGAAAUGCACUGCUGCUGUGGGGGGUGUAGAGGGGCGGGGCUGAGUGAUUGAAAUGACUGACAGGACCCUGGUUACCAUAGAGAAGAUGAAACACCCCCCCCUUUUGAGCCCCAGAGAAGCAGUGUGUCGGGGAGAUAAGGCUGUCUGCUAUUCCAGCCCUGACAACAGGCCACGCCCCCUGGCUCCCAUGGCGAUAGGGAGGCCCCUCUUGAGCUUGUGGUAGAUGGAAUUUCAAAUCUUCACAAAGUGAAAUUGUGCUUUUAAAAAGAUCUCUUUUUUUAAUUAAUAGAGGGGCCCUGGUUCUGGGCAGUAGGUGUGACUGGUCGGGUUUAGUUAAGCUGGGUUUGGGCAGUAGGUGUGACUGGUCGGGUUUAGUUAAGCUGGGUUUGGGCAGUAGGUGUGACUGGUCGGGUUUGGUUAAGCUGGGUUUGGGCAGUAGGUGUGACUGGUCGGGUUUAGGAAGCUCAUUCGGAAUAUCGCUGUCGCCAGUUUUAAAUGGAAUUUCACGUCGCUCUUUCUUCGUGGUUAAAGUGCAUAGUGAUGGUGUCUUAUUUACUUUAGUAGGUAAAGUAAAGCAUCUUGACUCAGCUCUGUGAGAUAAAGUAAUAAUAGUCCUUGAGUACGGUGGCUGGUCAUGGGUGUCUGAGUGUCGUUGGUCCUGUGAAUGCUCCCUGGCUUCUCCCCAGCUCCUGAGUUGGCAGAGUUAUGCUGUAUUAAUCGACUGUAUUAAUCAGUUAGAAACAUAUAUAAAGUAGCAUGUGGCUGUGGACUGAACCAGUAUUCAGAUAUUUAACAGUGAGCAUGACUUCAGUGAUAAUUAGUCUCGUCAGCAUUGAUUCAAUUAAGCAAGUAUUGUAAUCAGUAGAGUGAACAUCGCUGCAAGUGCCUUUGUACACAGGUGCAGAACAGGAGGUCGGAAACAGAUCUCUACACAAGUGCCUUCUCUUGUUUUUGUACGUACACACGAGUGACUGUAAGAUCCAAGAUUAUUUGACUGUGUCCAUGUGCAUUUCCACAUUUUUCAUGGUGUAAUAAUUUUAAGGACUAUACCCAGAACGGCUCUUUUUAAAUCUCAAUAAACAUUUAGUGAAGUC